CUUCUGCCAAAGACGACAACUCUCGUCGCGAGAUCGGCUGAGAACUGGAUAGUGUGAUCGAAUGUUUGCUGUGUUUUGCAGUGUAAACAAAAUGCUGCGAAACACGUUACUGGCCGGCAGUUCGGCGGUGAAUGGUUCCCUUGGGAUUUUGAGCAACCUGCCAAAUACCGUUUGCGUACAAUGCGUCAGGUGGAAAAGAAAACCGCUUUGGUUAGGCACGGCGAAGAGCAAGCUAUUCCGGAUUCCUGUACGGCCGAAAAUCCCCGAAGACGAAAAAAAAGAGCUUAUGAGAUUACACAACAAUUACAGAACCCUCGUUAGAUCCAUACGGUUUCACAUAACAGAAGCUGUUAUUGGAAGUCAAGCGCAAGUCAAUACGGCGCUGAGAGUGAAAGAGGAGGAGGAAGAUUUUGUCCGUUGCGUAGCUCUGAAUGACAAGUGGAACGAAUCCAAAGCAAAGGCCAGAAAUGAGAGAUUGGAUGAGGCACGCGAAGUCAGGAAGGCGGAUAUACUUAGGAAAAUUAUAGCUAAGGAAACAAUAGCCGCUAAGCAGCUUAAAAACAUUGAAGCAACUGUUAAACGGGUCAAGCAAGAAGCAGUCACCUUCAUAACUGAAAAGAAUAUAGAUCAAGCCAUAGAAGAUGCUUUGAAUAACCCUGUCAACCACGAUUGGGCGCUCGAUCUAGAAGGGACACGACAUCACGGAAAAUAUGAUGAACCCCUGGGUCGCGAAGGUCAGAAACCAAAAAGAAUGCAGGCUGGUUUCUGAAACGAAUUAAUGUAGAUUAAUGUAAAGUAUAGAUAUGGUAACGUCGGUUGGAAAGUGCAAGGUCGUAUUUUCUACCUUGAUAAUAAAUGUUUACUUCAAAAACAUCAUUAUAUUGUAUGCAUUAGUUAUUUCUGCACCUAAUGUGUAUAUCCUACUUAUAGUAUAAAUAAUCAGCACAUGAAUGAAGACGGACUCUUGACAUAAACAUGGUAACCAGGCAUUGUCAAGGUUUACAAUUAACUGUAUUUUUAAAUGAUGAUCGUACUAUACUAUGCGAUACAUUUCUUCGAAUCAAUGUUCAAUGUCCGGUCUUAUUCAAGAACAAUAAUUUACAAAGCUUAUUGAUUGAGAAAAUGAAAAGAAAUCUGGGAAUCUUGCAUAUGAAACUUAAUAACAAACCUAGAUAGUGACAAUAUACCAGCAUCCUGUUAUAGAAUUCAUUUAUUGCAAAUGGUGUAUAACGUGGUUUAUUUACAAAUAAAAAAAAAAAUAAAAAAACGAAAGAAAAACUGAGAAACAAUAUUGCUGACACAUUGUUAAAAUCUGGUUACACGAGCAGCAUGUAUAAUAAUAUUUAAUAAAAUCAUUUUUAACGUAACUGUAACGACGUACACUCGUCAGAUGAUACAGGAGGUAUGACACACAACAUCUGCAAGCGUAAUCUCGAUCUGUCUGGAGAUAUAGCGCAAAAAUAUUUUAAAUAAAUUCUCACGAGUCUCGAAUACCGAAUGACGUUUUUUUCAGUGGGAAAUGAAGUCUGUAAAUGUAGGUAAGUUUGUAUCCAUCGAAAUUGAAAGCCUUAAAUUAAGCUUGGGUUGAUGUUUAAUCAAGUUGACGGCAAUCCAAACAGAUCAAUUUUACGAAAUUGAAGUGUAAAUCUCUGGUUAACAUUUGGCAUUAUUUCUCUUAUAAAAUAAAUGUUGUAAUUGGCUAGAUUAUUGAAGAUUUGUUCUGACAAAUUGUUGGUUCAAGGUGGAAAAAUAUAUAUUCUAAGAAUAAGGUAUCACAUUAUCAUGCUACGUUCGUCAUUGUAGUACAAACUGGUAUCUCUGUUCCCUAAUGAAUCCCAUGGCACAUAAAAAAAAUGCUGAUUAUAGACACUGUAAUGACCGUUGAAUCAAAUUUGGCCAUAGUAAUUAACUUGCUCAGCAAAUAGAUCGUGUACCAUUCGAUUGAUUAUAUUUCCAUGUGAAUUCAUAUAAAUUUUUACAGUAAUAAAGCUACCGUAGCAGCUUUGUGUCAUCAGAUUAAUGUUAUUUUGUCAAAACAGUAUUUUUUUCUCAUAUCUUUGGCUCCUACGUAGGUACACCCUAUUAUUUUCUACUGUAUAGUAUAUAUAGAAUGGAGAGUAAUAACGUUAACAUGAUUUUUCCUUGAAUGAAUAUUGUACUUGUCUGUAAAUCAUCACCAUAUAAAUAUGAAUAUGAUUUUUCUAACAAUCUUUCACUGUUUUUCUUC